AUGUCUUCUAAAACAGUAGAAGAUGCCCACGUCAGCCAACUCGCUGAAUUAUUGUCAGCAUCAGGUACAUUAGAGGAACAAACGGUUAUAUCAGAAGAACAUGUACUUGAAGAACAAGUACCGCACAUUGUCGAAGAGAUACAAGAGGAACUGCCAGAGAUAUUCCCGACACCGUCUCUAAGACGCGUGUUGCCAGAUCGUAUAAGAAAAAUCGAGGAACAGAACAGAAUUCACGUGCUACCAGAAGAAUUCAAAACUGACAUAGAUCCUAAUGCGAUACCGAAAAUAGCUAAGACUGCACCACAAAGAUAUAUAGAUAUACUAGCUGACAUUGUCGGUUCAACGCAAGCUGUUUUGAUACUGUGGUUUUGCGAAUGGAUGAAAGAAAUGCAACAUUUCGACGCUGCUGACCGACAAAGAAUGUUACGAAGAUUUCAGUACAUACCGUCACCCGCGCAAGCCGGUGUUCACUACAAGGCGACGGAAGAAACACCAGGUCUCAACCCGAAGUCCACAGCUUUCAGCGCUGCUACUUCGGAGUCUAAGCACCUUGUCACCUUCAAAGGAGCAGCGUACGAAUGCUGCUUGAGGGAUCUCACCAAGAUCAUACAUUAUAUUUUUGACUUGUUAGUGUUCAGCACAGACUAUCAAUAUAAUCUGGUUCGGUCUGUGUUCACCUUCCCUCCAGAGUACGUGCUCAUAGACGCCCCCUACCAGAUACAAAACCCUAAACGUCUAUACAUGCCGCUCAAGAUCAAGCCGAAGAAAGAGAAAUCACCAAAGAAGGACCCUAAAGCUACUAAAGGGAAGAAGAAGGAACUGAUGCAAAAAGACGAACGCAAACAAGAAGAGCGUGAGCUGCACGACAUGGAGGAUUGGAACCGUCGCAGCCACAUCCUGCCUCUGAGCGCCGCCACCACGGACGAAAUGUUCGACAAGUACUGGCCGCCGCCGCCACCUGAGCCAGAGCCGGAGCCAGAGCCAGAGCCGAAAGGCAAGAAGGGCAAGAAAUGA